UCCACCCAAAAUCGCCUCCCGACUUUUGACAGUCUAAUUUCAACCGCUGAACCAGUCGCAAGGAUCUACCGGGAAACCGUCUAGAACAGUUCGUGAAGAGUGAAGAUAAUCUCCCCUUCCCCCUAAAAAAAAAUUGAAUAAACCAAAACCAACAUGGCGAAGAAAGGGAAAGCCAAGGCUGGACCAGUGAAGGCGGAAGGCGCCGUCGAGCCAGCAACCACCGAUGUUGUCGAAGAAGCGAAGCCCGCCGAAGAUCCCGCCGUCAAGGUCGCCGAACUAAAGAAGGAAGCAGCAGCCCCGAAACCAGCCAAGCCCGUCGAAAAGAAACCGGAGGAGCAAAAGAAGGAAGCACCCAAGCCUGCCCAAGCUGACCAGAAGAAACCCAGCUCGCCGAAGCUGGCCCAAAAAGCACCCGCAGCCAAGCCUGUCCAGAACGGCAACGCAACAACAACCGCUGGAGAAACGACCGACGCUGCCGGAACCGCAAGCGAAGCCGAAGGAGCCGCCACAGCCCUCAAGAAGCGUCGCAACCGUCGUCACCGCAAGAAGAAGUCCGAUGGACAGGAAGGACAGGACCAAACUCAGCAACAAGCUCCAACCAACGAGCAGAAGCCAAAGAAGGAGCACAAGAAGAAGCGUGCCAAGCGUCUGCGUGCUCUAGCCCUUGCGGAAUCCUCCGCCACGGCACAAAUUGCCGCCGCUGAAGGUGCCAUCGCCAGUGCCCCCGAUGCCAAGAAGCAACCCGAGAGCGUUGAAACGCUCCAGAAAAAGAUCGAAAUCGCCGAGAAGGUGCUUCACCAGGUCCAGCAGCAAACCCAGGAAAAACCCGAAGCACCAAAGCCAGAAUCACCGAAGCAACAGCAAAAGAACAAGCAACAGUCGAAGCUCGACCAAGCCAAGGCCGAAGUGAAGAAGGCCGCCGAGGAGAAGGAACGCAUCCUGGCCGAAGCCAAAUCGCUCAUCUCGGACAAGGUCAAGAAGCAGCAGGAAGUGCAGAAGCUGCAAGAGGAAAAGAUCAAACAGGAAGAGCAGGCCAAAAAGCUGCGCGAAGAAAAGGACCGCAAGCUGGAGGAAGCGGCAAAGCUCGUCCAGCAACACACCCGCAUCGAGAAGGUCGAGCAGGUGCUCGAGAAGGUGGAGCAGAAAAAAGCCGAACAGCCGAAGCAACAACCGCAACCGCAACAGCAACAACAGCAAAAGCAACGCAAAGACUCCGAAUCGAACAAGCAGAAGAAGCAACAACAACCACGCGACAGAAAGGAGUCCGAGUCUUCCAAGCAACAGCCAAAAAACGAUGACGGUAAAAAAGUAGCAGAGGAAAAGGCUGCUGCUGAAAAGGCUGCGGCUGAAAAGGCUGCUGCUGAAAAGGCCGCUGCUGAAAAGGCUGCAGCUGAAAAGGCCGCUGCAGAGAAGGCCGCUGCUGAAAAGGCUGCCUCCGAAAAGGCAGCCAAGGAAAAGGCUGCUGCUGAAAAGGCCGCUGCUGAAAAGGCUGCUGUCGAAAAGGCAGCUAAGGAAAAGGCUGCAAAGGAUAAGGCAGCAGCCGAAAAGGCCACUGCCGAAAAGGCCGCUGCCGAAAAGGCAGCAAAGGAAAAGGCUGCAGCUGAAAAGGCGGCAGCUGAAAAGGCAGCAAAGGAAAAGGCUGCAGCUGAAAAGGCGGCAGCUGAAAAGGCCGCUGCUGAAAAGGCUGCUGCUGAAAAGGCCGCUAAGGAAAAGGCCGCAGCUGAAAAGGCUGCUGCCGAAAAGGCCGCAAAGGAAAAGGCAGCAGCUGAAAAGGCCGCUGCUGAAAAGGCCGCUAAGGAAAAGGCCGCUGCUGAGAAGGCUGCUGCUGAAAAGGCUGCCAAGGAAAAGGCCGCUGCUGAAAAGGCUGCUGCUGAGAGGGCCGCAAAGGAAAAGGCCGCCGCUGAGAAGGCUGCUGCUGAAAAGGCUGCUGCUGAGAAGGCUGCUGCUGAAAAGGCCGCAAAGGAAAAGGCCGCUGCUGAGAAGGCUGCUGCUGAGAAGGCUGCUGCUGAGAAGGCCGCUAAGGAAAAGGCCGCAGCUGAGAAGGCUGCUGCUGAAAAGGCCGCUGCUGAGAAGGCUGCUGCUGAAAAGGCCGCAAAGGAAAAGGCCGCUGCUGAGAAGGCUGCUGCUGAAAAGGCCGCAAAGGAAAAGGCAGCAGCUGAAAAGGCCGCUGCUGAAAAGGCUGCGGCUGAAAAGGCUGCGGCUGAGAAGGCUGCUGCCGAAAAGGCUGCUGCCGAAAAGGCUGCUGUCGAAAAGGCUGCUGCCGAAAAGGCCACUGCUGAAAAGGCUGCUGCUGAAAAGGCCGCUGCCGAAAAGGCCGCUGCAGACAAGAAACAACCCGAGAAGAAACCGAACGACAACAAAAAACAAGAACAGAAGGGUAACGGUAACAAUAACAAGAAGAAUAAGAGAACCCCGAAGAGCAGUGUAUCAGAAGACGAAAAGGCUACCGGUCCAAAAAACGUGGAAAGCAGCGAUUUUGUCUCAUCUGCUAAACCCGAGCCAGUUGUAGCAAAAUCGCAGGAAACCGUAACAGCAACCAAGCCCUCCUCCCCCGAGAAGACUGCACCAGUGAAACCGAAUGACCUGAAGAAGGCCCCAUCGCCACCAAAGACCAACGGAGGACCCGCACAAAAGCCAGCCCCAGCGAAGCCCUCCAAAUCGCCAGAAAAGACAUUGCCUCCUAAAACUACGCCCGCUGGUCCAGCGCCAGCGGCUCCCCUGAAGAAGGCCCCCUCUCCACCGAAGCAGGUCGCUUCCCGAGCAUCUCCAAAGCCCAGUACACCUCCGACCACUCCCAAACCCAACAAGAAACCAGAACUUCCACCGAAACCCGAGUUCCUCAAGCGAAAGUCCCCCUCGGUAGAGAAGGAGAAGCUGCCAACGACGGCACAGGUACCGGCCAGUACAACCCCCGCCGCUCCCAGUCCUGUUCCUGCACCUGCUCCCGCCGCCAGUCCUGUCCCCGUCCCCGAAGAACCUUCCGCGUCCAAUCGCCUGUCGGAGGAACUGAACGGAUCAGCGAAGAAACCUGCCGCAAGCAACACGAAAGCGAAACCCCAGGCCAAGAAGCCCGAGGUCCCACCCAAGCCCGACAUUCACAACAAGAACGCAGCCAAGAUGAAGACCCCGAUCAAACAGCCGGCCGCCGCUGGAACGAAAGCUCCGUCGUCUGAUUCCAGGUCCCCAGCCACGGAUCAAAGUAGAGCGGAAGCAUUUAAGAAAAAUAUGGAUAUUAUAUCCACCCUCGCCGAUAUCCUUAUGUCCCAUCCCAAGCGAAAGAAGGUCCCCACAGAGAAUCCCACUCCAUCCACCUCAUCCCAGACGGUAGAAACCAAAACCAAAAGCGAAGCCUCCUCAUUGUCACCUAAAAGUGCGCAAGAACCAAAACCAAAACCGAAAUCGAGCCUCAAUCUGGAACGCAUCCUAUCAAUUCUGCAAACUGCUCAAAAAGGAGGCCAAGAACCUCCACCGCGUAGUUCUGGUUCUCCCGACGAACCGCAACCAUCCACAUCGUCAUCCGCAUCGUCGACUCCAGCCGCAACUGAUCCGCUUUCAUCCCUGCUAACCAAAGACGCGAUCCGUCUUCUGAUGCCUACCUUGCAGGAGGUGAACACAAAGUUCAACGUGGAGAAGCAGCUGGCAGCGCUGAACGCAACGGCAGCCGCUGCCAAGCUGAUGCCCAAGACGCUUCCACCGUGCACCGAUACCACCGAAGAGGACGAGCUCGAGGAGGAGUUUGAAGAGGAGGAGGAGCAGAUCGAGUACAAGUUUGCUCCUCGUCCGGUAUUCCUAGCCACCAACUGUCAGGUAUGCAAGAACCCACUGCGGAACAUCGUUCAGUGCGAAACCUGUCGUAUGGUAUCGUACUGCAACGAAGAUCAUCGACGAUCGGACCUUGGGCCACACAAAGACCUUUGCGCUGUCAUCGUAGAACUUGCCACUCGAAGAGGUGGUCACAUCUACAACAUGGCCCACAAGCUGACCGACGACGAGUACCGCAACCUUCGCGUGCACACCCUCAACCAGUCCGAGCAGAUGCUGCGCCGUCCGCUGCAAGCGUUCGAGCGGGAGAUUCUCCUGUUCCCGCGCACCUGCAGCUCACCGAGCUGCCGCGAGUGGCGCCAGAACCUGCUGUCCGAGUGCAAGGACUGCCGCCAGGUGUCCUUCUGCACCGACCGCCCAGAUCAUCUGCCGACCGCGCACAAGCAGUGGUGCAAGUCGUACUUCCUCUUCCAGAAGCUGAUCCUGCGCCAGAAGAUUCUCGGCCGCAUCGAGCCCGUCCUGCCGGUUCGCAUCGCGAGCAAAUCGUUCAACGUCCCGCCGAACAUCGACGAAGUCAUGAAGCUGCUGUACAAGAACUCGACCGUGCUCCGCGACGAGUGCGCAUACGCCACGUUGACCCAGAUCGCGACCGCACCGUUGACCGCACUGCACGGCUACCUGCAGACCGGCCUCAAGCCGAGCUCGGAAACCUUCACCAUCCAUCUGGUCGGUGCGGAGCUACAGUUCGAGGGUGACACUCUGGACAAGUGGGAAGCCUUCUUCCUUCACAUUGUGCCGGAGAUUACCGAGCUGCGGAUCGUCUUCGUCGGGCCCGAACUGAACGUCGAGAACCUGCCGAUCGACAUCAUCAGCCGAAUCAGAAUGUGCCGCACCUGUCGGCUCAAGUGCCGCGUCGUAAAGUUCGACUUCCAGUGCCGGCGAUUCUACCACGAGUACUGCCGGGACGCCAGCUGCUACUCGCGGCCCGAUCUGAUUUGCUUCUUCAACCCGAUUAUGCACUCCCCAUACGGGUACGCCGGCCACGACACCUGGCCCGACACGCUGCUGGCGGCCGCCACCGCCAACUGUCCGAUUGUGGUGACGUCCUACACCGAGCUGGACUGCCCGCUGGAUCUGAUCCGGCUGCAGAAGGAGGCACGCCGACCGCUCCGGAUCGUCCAGCAGCCCCGGCUCAAUCCGUACGGUUCCUGUCGGCCCGAUCGGAACUUUAUCUCCGACGAGGUGACGCCACUGAUCUUCAAGAACUAUCACUACUUUGUGGUGCAGUAGAAUUUGGCGAGCACGUUUCUACACCUUCUGGCAAUAAUACGACCUCCCGACUUUACUACUAACCGAAACUCCUUAAAAUAAUUCCAUAUUUUUCGCUACACUUUCCGACUUGAAUAUCACAUUUGAAACACCAAAAAAACACACAACUCGCCGAUUGCAAUUAUUGUCGAGUAACAAAUACAAUUACUUAUUGA